CGGGCGCAUCCUCCCUGCGACUGGGAGCGGCGCCACGUCUGGUCCGCUGAGCGGGUUUCCUGGGAGGCUGGCUGCAGCGGUUCAACCCACAGAAGACCCAGACAUGGCGACCCUGAAGGACCAGCAGAAGGAUGCCGAGGCGGAAGGGCUGAGUGCCACGACCCUGCUGCCCAAGCUGAUUCCGUCCGGCGCCGGCCGGGAGUGGCUGGAGCGGCGCCGCGCCACCAUCCGGCCCUGGGGCACCUUCGUGGACCAGCAGCGCUUCUCGAGACCCCGCAACCUGGGCGAGCUGUGCCAGCGCCUGGUCCGCAACGUGGAGUACUACCAGAGCAACUAUGUGUUCGUGUUCCUGGGCCUCAUCCUCUACUGCGUGGUGACGUCCCCCAUGCUGCUUGUGGCCCUGGCUGUCUUCUUUGGCGCCUGUUACAUUCUCUACCUUCGCACUUUGCAGUCCAAGCUUGUGCUUUUUGGCCGAGAGGUGAGCCCCGCCCAUCAGUACGCCCUGGCCGGGGGCGUCUCCUUCCCGUUCUUCUGGCUGGCAGGGGCUGGCUCGGCAGUCUUCUGGGUCCUGGGGGCCACCCUGGUGGUCAUCGGCUCCCACGCCGCCUUCCACCAGGUCGAGGCUGUGGAGAUGGAGGAGCUGCAGAUGGAGCCCGUGUGAAGGCAGGCCUCCCUGCCCAUGCCCGGCGGCCUCCUCCCUGCCCGGUCCCAUCCCGCCUGGCACGGCCGCUCUGCCCGCAGGCGUGCUCCCAUCUCCAGCCCAGAGGUGGCCCUGCCCUGGGCAAUAAAGCCACCCCAGUCGCAGCUUA